AUGAGUUACCAACAAAACAAUCCCCAUCUAGGGGCGACGUUUUACCCAGGGGGUUUCGAUGAUUACUACAUGCCUGGUCCGGCGCCUGAACUCAUUUCGCCAGCGCCUCAGCGGAUAAUGCCCGAAGUGCCCGAGAACAUGCAAGAAAACCUCGCACACCUGGAAUUAGAGGCAAACGGCCCACGAGUACACACACCAAUGUCGGCAGCACAGGGCUACAACCAGCCUCCGCAGCGUUUACCGCCGCCGCAGCCAAACUACCAAAGCGAACAGAAUGGGGUAGAUUGGCCCUCGCGAAACGCCAGCAUCUCCUCUGCGUUUCGGCAACCACCAAAUGUGCAGCCCCAACCUGUUCAGCAGCAGCAGAUGUCCCAUGACUACAACCAGUUCGCGCAACACCACGAUUCGCCCAACUUCUCACCCUUCCCUCAGCUCUCGAAUAGGCCACCGAACGUGCCUUCAUCCGAUGAUGAGAAAGAAGCCGUUUUGGAGAACGCACGGAUGCCAGUGCUCACGUCAAAUGACCCCGAGAUGCAGUUGGCAUGGGCUCAGGAUGCGCUGGCAUACGUCGAUGCGGCACAACUACACGAGCAGCGUAUAUCUGAGCUACAAGGAGCGAGGCCAGUGACACCGCAGGUUGAGCACCAGUUGCGUGUAGAUGCUCUGAAUGUGGUUGGUUUCCUGGCAGAGCAAUCUCAUCCUAAGGCGAUGUUUAUGAAGGGCAUGUGGCUUGAGUUUGGCAAAUUUGGCAUGCGAGCAGACAAAAAGGAGGCUUUUCGGUGCUACAACCGCGCAACGGCGAAAGGUUAUGCACGAGCGGAGUACCGUAUGGGCAUGCAGUACGAGCAGUCAAACGACCCCAUUCGUGCGCUACAACAUUACAAGGCUGGUGCUGAGCAUGGCGACUCGGCUUCGAAUUAUCGGCUGGGGAUGAUGACUCUGCUUGGACAGCAUGGACAGCCUCAAGAUUUUGCAAGAGGCGUCCACCUGAUACGACAGGCUGCAUCCACUGCGGAUGAAAACGCUCCUCAAGGUGCUUACGUUCUAGGUAUGCUUCAGGCGCGAGAAUUGCCUCAAAUCAGCGUCCCGGAUCUCUACCUUCCGUACGACGAGAAAGCUGCAAGGCUGAACAUUGAGAAGGCUGCUUAUUUGGGUUUCGCGAAGGCUCAACUGAAGAUGGGGUCCGCCUACGAACUCUGUAGUUUGGGAUGCGAAUUCAGUCCUUCACUGUCGUUACACUACAAUGCGCUUGCCUCUCGUCAAGGCGAACCAGAAGCUGACAUGGCCAUUAGCAAAUGGUUUCUCUGCGGCCACGAGGGAGAGUUCUCGAAGAACGAAGAAUUAGCAUAUCAAUACGCACAGCGCGCUGCAGCAGCUGGACUUGCCACCGCGGAGUUUGCCAUGGGUUACUUCAACGAGAUUGGUAUGCAUGUUCUGUCCAAUGUUGACAAGGCUUUAGAAUGGUAUGAGAAGGCCGAGAAAGAUGGAAACAAGGAUGCAUCUGCACGGAUAGAGAGUAUCUCGAAAUCUCGUACAUUGUCAAAGAAGGACCAUGAAAAUGUCGCAAUCAGCAGGAUCAAAUCCCAGCACGGCUCGAUGCGUGGGCAACGCCCGGCGAGACUUCACAAAGCGGCGCCCUCCCUGGCGUCUAUCAAUGAUAAUAGCCCAUCCGAAUACGGGUCAGAUGCGUCGCCCGUUACUCCUGCGACUAGUCGAUUGCCGAACCGGGGCGACAGUACAACUCCCUACCCUAUGUCUGAUCAACCACCAGUGAUCGCUUCACCUCCCUACGAACGUCCCGCCACUGCAGCACCGUACCCUAUGGACAAUGGACCACCACGCUUGGGUCCACAAAGACCCAUCAUGGCUGGCGGAUUUGCGCCAGAGUUACGAGCUGCGAGCACUCGACCUGCUCCGUCCUCGGCAUUCAACAUCAACCCUAACAUAUAUCCCGCAAAUGAUGGUUACGGGCGCAAUGGAUUGUCUCGGCCAGGGCCUGGGAUCGAUAUGGCUCCACUUCCUAUACGGUCACACACUAGUGUCGACAUCAUGGGUCCAGGCGGUGGCGGACGUAUUCCACCCGGUGGACGUGGUGCACCUCUUCCGCCAGGAGGACCAGGAAGUUACAGACAACCUGGGGGACCGAGUGCCCAACGCCCAGAGCUUAACCGUCCCCAGACACAACCUGCAGACAUUGGAUUUAGCGCACCAGACGCGGGAAGGAAUCGAUUGCAGAAGCCAGGACAACCACUUAAGAAACAACCCACGGUACCUGACAUCGGCUAUGUUGCGCCUCUUGACUCACGCCAGCAACACACACGACCCUCAACAGCGCAACCCGGCCAGGAGAGCAGGAUGUCGUCGCGGCCAGAAAGGCCUCCAACUGCCCCACCGAACCAAGGUCCCCGCCCCUCAUCGCGGCCAAAUUCAUCUGGACGUCCAGGGGCGCAAGACCCAAUGCCCAAGCCACAGAGGGUACCCACGAUACCGCAGGACCCUAUUCCUAAGCCGAACCGUGUACCUACCCUGCAGCAACAAUCCCCCAAGCCAGCUCCAUUGCCGGCAAGUAAACCUGCAGUUGCAGCACCACCUCCGCAACCUGCGACCCCAGUCGCCUCAGCGUCAGGCAAGGGGCCCAAGACCUUUGACGAGAUGGGCAUUGGUGCGGCGCCCAAGAAGGACGAUUGUAUCGUUAUGUAG